UCUCUCCGCACACCCAACAGAAGCUCUUCUCAUGGAUCCCGAGAAGACCUUCACUGUCUGCUGUACAUUGUUUUAUAUGCCCUUUAGCAGCAUCAGGACCCAAAGGCAUUAGAAACUGAGGGGAGAAUCCAUGUUUGCCCAACAUAGCAUAGUCUUGUUUAUGCCAGCUAGAUUGAAAGCUGUAUUCCAAAACGAGAGUGGGGCUAAGCCUUUGGGUCAAAACAUGAUUUUGAUCCAAAAGUUGAAUACAUUAGCCUCCACUCUUGUUAGGCUGGCCUCCAGCUGUAGAAUGCCAUUGGGAAUGCAUCUAGGGGCCGAGAAUAGAGUACACAAGAAUUUUGAUUGGACCGUCUCCAUUUGUUUAAAAGUGUACAGAGCACAAAUAGCAGCACCAUACAAUUGUGAGUGCACUUUAGCCUCGUAGACCUUAAUUGCUGCACUGGUAUACAGUGGCCACCCCUGUGGAAGAAAAACUUUAAAAUAGCAGAAUUACUCUUCUGGGCAUUUGCCUAAGUAGGAAUCACUCUGACUGGUUUGUGUACACCUUUCGAGGGGUGGGGGAAAGAAGUGAAUAAAAGGAGGGAAGAGGGAGAAAUGUGGAGGGAGCUGACAGGUUGGAUGACUGAAGACUUGCUGAGAAAGGAAGAGCUGAAGCUGCUGGGGAAUUGGCAGUGAGGGAGUUGGGCCUACUGGAACCUGCUAGGCCUUAGUUUAGAAGGCUAGCAAGCUUGUUUGUCCAGUGGUUUUAAUUAUACUCUUGCUUAACUGAAUUUCCCUGUUUGUUCCUGUACUGUCUUUUGGAUUUUUGUUUGAUGAUUUUAUUGUUUUGCACUGUUUUACCAUUGUCUCUGUCUGUUGUUUUGUUCCCAUCUACUUGCCCUAUUGAUUUUCCACACUACUGAGUUUAUGUUGUUUUUGAGAGACAGAGGUUUCAGUGACAGGGAAUAGAGCCAGUUUCAAAAGGUACAAGAAGUUUUACCUGUGGGGAGAGGGUAGCAGGUGGUGGAUUAUACUUGUGACCUGCUCUCAAAUAGUUUCAUAAUGAAUUUUGCAAGUUCUACACAUAGGAAUCCAGGUUUCACAGCGCUGACAGAAAAGUUCAGCAUGAACACCAACUUGGACUGUGGUGCUGACCAGCUCACGCAGACUCUCAAUCAUUAUGUAGGCGACAUUGUGGAGGAUGUGCUGAUUUUUGGAGGUGAUGUUUUGAAAUUUGCAGGGGAUGCAAUCCUGGCGCUCUGGAGAGUGGAGCGUUGCCAUAUCCAUGACAUCAUCACACUGGCAGUGAAAUGUAGCUUCAGCAUCCAGCAAGUUUUCAGCGAUUAUGAUGUUGAGGUGGGACUGGAGUUGAAAGUGAAAAUAGGGCUAUCUGCAGGUCACAUCUCAAAAGUUCUUAUUGGAGACAACAGGCACCAAUAUUUCCUGGUAAUUGGCCGGGCAGUAGAUGAAGUGCGGCUGGCCCAAAACCUAGCAAAAGCAAGUGAAAUUAUCCUGUCACCAAAUUGCUGGGAGCUAUGUGACCGGAACUUAAUUGAGGUCGAAAAAAUUCAAGGUGAACGAGCUGUCAGGGUGAGAUACAUUAAGAAUGAUUUUGACAAUGAAGAGUUCUUUGAGAGAUGCACAGCACACUUGUAUCAACAUCACACUUGUGAAAAUUUUGAAAUCUUGAGAUAUGCCUCAGUGUUGGCUCCAGAUGAAGAACUUGAAAAGAGUUUGAGAAAAUAUGUGAUGAGGAACGUUCUGAGGAAGAUUGAUGACAACCAGCCUUUGGAAUAUUUAUCAGAGCUUCGACCUGUUACCAUUGUCUUUGUGAACUUGCAGUUUGAUGAAACUGCCAACGCUCUCCACUUGUGUAAGGCCAUCCAGGAUGCCAAUGCUAAGAUCACAGGAAUCAUAGACCCACUCAGUGGCAAGAUUAACAAACUCUUUAUGUUUGACAAAGGCUGCACUUUACUUUGCAUCUUUGGUCUUCCUGGGGAUAAACAACCCAACGAAAGCACGCAUGCUCUUGAUAGUGCCCAUAAAAUCCACCUCUUCUGUUCGACAUCCCUCAUGAAAUUAAAGAUAGUCUCUGUUGGGGUUACCAGUGGGCCAGUGUUCUGUGGAGUUGUCGGCCAUCGUGUGAGGCAUGAAUACACAGUCAUUGGUCGGAAAGUGAACCUUGCUGCCCGGAUGAUGAUGUAUUACCCAGGAUUAGUGUCGUGUGAUGCAGUCACCUACACCACAUGCAAGCUGCCCCACUACUUCUUUGAAGAGCUGCCAUUCAUUGAGAUGAAAGGUGUUAUGAACCCUGGAACCGUCUAUAAAUAUCUUGGUUUCAGUGAGAAAACAAUGAUUUACAAGGCCUAUCUGACCCAGGAGCAAAAUGAUCAUUACCCUUUACUAGGUAGAAAGAAAGAGACUGACAUCUUUGAGAAUUCACUGAAGACCUUUAAACAGUCGAGAAAAAGUCAAGUCAUAAUGUAUGAUGGCCCAAUGGGAUAUGGAAAAAGCCAGUUAAUGGCUGAAAUUGCCUUUUUAGGGCAGGCUCCUGGCCAAAACAGGGUUGUGGCAAUAGAGCUAACAAAGAUAAAUAUAUGGCAGAACUUCUUUGCUGUACGGACACUCAUGGCUAUGUUCCUGGGGAUUGAUACCUGUAAAACCUAUGAUGCAAGACAGUACGUUCUUGUGAACAAACUCCGUGGGAUAGUGGAAGAUGAAUAUCUUUGCCUCCUCAACAAUCUCUUCCAUGUUAAGUUUCCCACAUCGGAAGUGGUUUCCAGGAUGGACAAUGACGAGAGAAACACUCAGAUGGAAAUCAUGCUUAGACACAUUCUCAAACAGAUAAGGGAUAAAGAAGUUGUCAUUUUUGUAAUUGAUGAAUCUCAGUACAUUGAUACAGUCUCCUGGCAAUUCUUGGAAAAGAUGAUAAGGACUGUUCCCAUAUUUGUCGUCAUGUCUUUGUGUCCUGACAACCGCAAGGCGCGACUGCCUUGUCCUGCUGCAGCCCGAAUAAGAAACCAUCAUAACACUGUCUAUAUCCAUUUAAGGGAGUUACCUCCUUCAGUGAUUGUUCAGAAAGCUUGCCAAGACCUUGGGGUGGUCAGUAUCGCCAGGGAGCUUGAGAUAUUCUUAAUACAAAGAAGCCACGGAAACCCAUUUUACUGUGAGGAGCUUCUCCGGAACCUCCACUUCAACAAUGUGCUUCAGUUUCAUGUGCUGGAGGAAGAUGAAGAAAAAGAGGAUGAGUGGGACAACAUUUUCACCCGUGGUGUUCUCAAGGCUCAAGCCUCCAAAUCACCUGAAAACAAAGAGGAGGACUUGUACAUUUGCACAAUCAGGCAGAAUGUGAAACUUCACAAUAUAAUGCUUCCUCCAACAUUAAAAGGGAUUGCUCUGGCAGAAUUAGACAACAUGACCCCUUCAGAGCAGAUGGUGGUAAAAUGUGCAGCCGUCAUUGGUGUGACCUUUGAAACAGAGUUGCUGCUCCACAUCCUCCCUGAAUGGACCAAAAUGAAGAUGAACCAAACACUGGCAACCCUGGUGGACUCUCGUAUCUUCCAGUGCUUUGGUGAAAGAAAAGAAGUGCAUGCUGUGAAGAGUACACAAUCCGUCUCCUCUGAGGAGCUCUGCAUCUCCUCGCAGACUGUGAAAUCAAUAGGACAAGGGUCAGAUCUCGGACCAUUGGUUGCUGAAAGACUCAAGCAAGAGGAGAUGGUGAUGCACUGUAAAGUCAUGGGGUUUUGCACACCCCUGUUGCAGGAAGCAGCCUAUGAGCUCUGGCUCAAAAGCCAGAAAGAAGCCUUGCAUCUCAAGUGUGCCAGCUACCUUCAGUGGCAUGCUCACCAAUGCAAGUGCUGUGGGCAAGGAGACUUCAUUUCCUUCCAUCGCUAUGCAGUGGAAGGCAUGCUGCACAACAUAGAUACACAGGAGUCUAGAAUGCAGUUCCUCACAGAGAGCACACUGAAUGAGGCUGCCACCGUCCUAGUUUCUGAAAUGCUGAUGAAAGUGGAAUUAAGCAGACGUAAUGGGAGUAAAGAUACCAUGCCUGCAGUCCAUACAACAGAAUUUUCAAAAGAAACUUUCCGAAUGCCAAGUAAAGUACGUAGAUCCUUGUCCUUUCUCUUCGGCAAUAAGCGCCACUCUCCAGACUUUUUGCUGAGAUCAAGUGCUGACCCUAUUGUUUCUUCAUUGUCCACGGAAAGUACAAUGGCAAGGAACAAUGAAGAAACGAUACCAUCUUUACCGAUUCAGAGACCCUUAGUCAUGCAAGACAGCUUUAGAGCUGAAGACACAGAAAUUGAAUUUUUAAAUAGGAUGGAUGAAAUCAUUCUGCUUACUGAGAUGGACAAGAAAAAAAUCAAGACAAUAAGCUCCUGUGAAUGUGAAGAGAUUUUGGAAUCUGUCAUUGUGCCCUUGUCCCAUCACUGUUUGGCUGUGGAAGACAAUGCUUGGGCCUUUUAUUACUUGCUGGAAUGUGCAGCUGCUUAUGUAUAUCUUGCCAACAACUACAUGGCAUUUACGUAUCUGAAUACAGCAGAGACCCUGCUUAAAUCUCUUGAUGCCAAGGAGAAAGGUAUUAGCCAGUUUGAAGAGUCACUUUUGUACAGCCUCAAGGGGGAGGUCUCUUACAAUAUGGGCCAAAUUAAUUUAGCAAAAAAACUGAUAAAGAAAGCUUUGAAUUUAUUGAAGAAAGGCUUCCCAUUGACCAUUAUUGGAGCCUUCUUCAUGUCCAUGGUGGAAACUUCAAAACAUAUGUCUCAUCAGAAGAAGCAGUUUUCUUGGCAAACACACACUGGCAGGGAGAAGAGACUGGCUACACUGUACCAGCAAGGCCACUGCCUUUCCUUGUUAUGGCAGAUCUUCAGCUUGGAUCUUGCCAUAAGCAGCAAGAAGUUUGCCCGCUUGGCAGCACUCAUGAAGGUGAACUGUGCAGAAGAGACUCAGGAUGAGUCCCAGAUCAUCUCCUCCUACAUGGAGUUCUCACUCUGCUGUCAGCUGAUGGGCUGCCAACAUGAAUGGAUGAAAUAUGAGUUAAUGGCCAUCAAACGUAGCUCCCAGCUUCGCAUUGUUGGAGGAGGUCUAUUAACAAUAGCUAAGCUGGCACUCUCAUUGGCCUACAUGAAGCUUUGCUUGGGGAAUAUGGCCUUAGCCAUCCAACUGGGCUACCGAGCGCACAAACUGUGUGUGCUGCUGAAGAAACCUAAACUCGACUAUAUUGUUCUCUCCGACCUUUUCCGUGCUCUUUUUCUCAACACCAGAUUCUCAGAAGCUGUGGAAGUCCUGAGUUGGUUGGAGGAGCUCUCUUUUCGAGAUGACAAUGUCAUUGGGAAGGCCUGCUUCAUUUCUGGCUGUCUGGAUCUCAUGCUUUAUGCUGGUUUUUCAUUUAAGCCAUUUAAACACUGUCUGGACUUUAUUCUCACCAAUGAAACAAACUGCAUCCUUAUGUCUCAAAACAGCAUCAUGCUUGACCUGUAUUCUUCUCUGGCGAUUUGGUUUGCUAGACUUCAGUUGUGGGAUGACUUUAAGGAGCCAUUUGAAAAGGCAAGAAGACUGCUGAGGAGAACAAGCACCUCAUUCUCUGCGAACCAUGGAUUCUGCAAAUUUGUAGAGAGCGAGGCUCUGUUGCUGCGAAAAUAUAUCGAGGACUCCCCUGAAAAGGCCCGUGAGACCCUCGGCAAGAUGGCAAGGGAUUUGGAGCAGGCAAUUUCUCAGUGCUCUACAAGCCCAGUCUACUAUCCCAGGGUUUACCACCUGAAGGCUUAUGUCCAACUGAUGCUUGGAUAUGAUGAUUACAGCCAAAUGUUUCUAGAGAAGGCAAUCCAGAGCAGUGAGAUCUAUGGAAAUCAUUUGGAGCUGUCCUGGCUGGAGAUUACCAAGGAGUGGUGGUUCACUGGUACAGCCCCCAUGGAAGACUGUUGGUUAAAUACAGCUCCAGAUUUCCCUGUGUGGAAAACAGGAUUGGCCUUAGACAAGACAACCUACAGUAAAACCAAGUAUCUUCUGAAGGUGCCAGAGUUUGAAUCAGACUCUCUCUUCUCAGAAUUGGAGAGCGAAGAAUCGAAGACAGAACAGUUCUGAAGGGUCUCAUGUAAGGGAAUCCCUUUCUGCAAGCAAGUCUUUUGACACCAGGUCUCCUCUGCAAAAUCUAUCUCCAUUUGUUAAAUCUAAACUCCAGGGUCUGCCCUGUUUCCCAUCUGUUGUCUGUUCAUCAUUAA